CCAGUGGCAGGUGGUCUUGUUGGCGGCCACGGCGGCGUAGCCCCGGAGCGAGCUUUACACGGGCACCAGUGCCGCAGGAGGCGCGAGGGGACAAAGACAUUCAGAUGGCAGAAAACAGUCUUUCAGAUGGAAGCCCUGCAGAUUCUGUGGAAGCUGCUAAAAAUGCCAGUAGUACAGAAAAGCUCACAGACCAGGUGAUGCAGAACCCACAAGUGCUGGCAGCUUUGCAGGAACGUCUUGACAACGUCUCUCACACUCCUUCUAGCUACAUAGAAACUUUACCCAAAGCUGUCAAAAGGAGAAUUAAUGCUCUGAAGCAGCUCCAGGUGAGGUGUGCGCACAUAGAAGCCAAGUUCUACGAGGAAGUUCAUGACCUGGAGAGGAAGUAUGCAGCCUUGUACCAACCUCUCUUUGACAAGAGAAGAGAAUUCAUCACUGGUGAUGUGGAGCCCACGGAUGCAGAGUCAGCAUGGCACAGUGAGAAUGAGGAAGAAGACAAGUUGGCUGGAGAUAUGAAGAAUAAAGUAGUUAUAGCUGAGAAAGAAGCAGCAACAGCAGAAGAGCUGACCCCCAAAGGCAUCCCUGAGUUCUGGUUCACCAUCUUCAGAAACGUAGAUAUGCUUAGUGAGCUGGUGCAGGAAUAUGAUGAACCAAUCUUGAAACACCUGCAAGAUAUUAAAGUCAAGUUUUCAGACCCUGGACAGCCUAUGGUGAGUACUGAUCAAAUGCCUUGUCCCUGCAGGUGUACAAUUGACUGGAAGAAGGGAAAAAAUGUCACAGUCAAAACCAUCAAGAAAAAGCAGAAGCACAAGGGCCGGGGCACCGUGCGAACCAUCACCAAGCAAGUGCCCAAUGAGUCCUUCUUCAACUUCUUCAGCCCCCUAAAAGCGUCUGGAGAUGGAGAAUCUCUGGAUGAAGAUUCCGAGUUCACCUUAGCCUCUGACUUUGAAAUUGGUCACUUUUUCCGUGAGCGAAUCGUGCCACGGGCUGUCCUCUACUUCACUGGGGAAGCCAUAGAGGACGAUGACAAUUUUGAAGAAGGCGAGGAGGGAGAAGAGGAGGAAUUGGAAGGAGAUGAGGAGGGAGAAGAGGAGGAUGAUGCUGAGGUUAACCCCAAGAAAGAACCCAGCCAACCGGCAGAGUGCAAGCAGCAGUAAGAAGCAGCGACCCUGAGGGGCCAUCUUGUGGACGGAUGUCAGGACCCCAGGCCGCAGGCAGGGUCCUCAGUCCCUGCCAAAGCAGAAUUUUGUUGACAGUGCUGUGACAUCUAACCAUUUCCAAGUGCAUGAUUCCUCUCCCCCUUCCCUUCUUACUUUGCUUAACUUGUACAAUGGAGACUGGGCUGCAGUUCAGAAUAGGAGAUUUAGUUGUAGCACCUGCAGUCUUGGUGCCUGAAGACCAUGUAGGGUGGGCUGGGGUUGUGCCUGGGAUUGGCAGAGCCUGGUGAUUCUGUGUACGCUACUGAAGAGGCUCGUGGUUUCCAGCCACUGAACUUCGUGGGAAGCUGCUCCAGCUGCUGUACCUAGUCAUCUCCCAAGCACUAUAGAAGAGGCUGUGCUCGCCUUAGAGCGUGUGGGUUUUUUGUUUUGUUUUGUUUUCUUUUUUUUUUAUCCUCACCCCCCUCCCUUGAGUUUUGGUUUCAGGGCUGGGUGGGCUGUGCACAUGCCUCUGAGACCAGAACUGUCUGGUUCAUCCUGUACUUAUUUAUUCACUUGUGCUUGGGGGGCUUUGAACUUCACUGUCCUCCUCCUCCCACUUAUGAGACCAUGUUGCUGACUUGACCAGAAGGAUGUGGCAUCAAAUGGAGUGAGGCCCAUGGAGGAAGCCCUGCUGCCUCCUGCCACUAGCUGUUCUGUGCCAUGCAGACCACGUGUUGUUGUUGCCUCCGGAGUGUGCUAGGCUGUAGCCAGGGGGCAAAAGUCCUCCCUCACUAGGGAUGGCUGGCCUGUAGAGCACAGCUUCAGCUCGCACACCAGGGCCACACCUGGGUUUGGUGACCAGUUGGUGGUUGGUGUGUGUGUCGUUGUGGUCUUUGGUAGCCAGGACAGCCAUGUCCACAGUGACCAGCCAUGUAGAGCGUGCUCAGCCUUACCUGAUAACACAUUUGUAACUGAAUACGGUGUUUUCAAUUUGUACAGAAUAGUUAGAAUAUUCUAUUAAAGUUGUGAAACAUGAAA